AUGGCCUUUAAACAAUUAUUGAUCGUAGCAAAUGCUGCUGCCCUUUGCGCAGCCCAAACUACUAUCACAGUCAAUGUCGGCACCAAAUUUCAGCAAAUAGAUGGCUUCGGCUUUUCGCAGGCGUUCGGCCGAGCCAGUGAAUUUCAGAACGCCAAUGCCAAUACCCAGAAACAAGCUCUAGAUUAUCUUUUCAGUACUAGCACUGGUGCCGGUUUCAGCAUCAUUCGGAACCGCAUCGGAUCUGGAGGCGCUGGCGACAGCAUCGAACCAAAUAAUCCCGGCUCACCAUCCGCGGCACCAAAAUAUACUUGGGACAACAACGACAGCGGUCAAUUAUGGUUCACGAAGCAGGCAGUCUCAUAUGGCGUCAAAACCAUAUAUGCUGACGCAUGGGGUGCUCCUGGGUUUAUGAAAACCAGCGGGUCUGACUCGUCGCCCGGAUAUCUUUGCGGCACUACGGGGCAUUCGUGUUCUUCCGGCGACUGGAGACAAGCGUAUGCUAAUUUUCUUGUGCAAUAUGUCAAGUAUUACGCAGCGGCAGGCUACAACAUCACACACCUGGGAUUCCUAAAUGAACCAGAUUUCCAAACCACAUACUCUCAGAUGCAAAUUAGUUCAAACGCUCAAGAGGCCAUAUCCUUCAUCCCUAUCCUCUAUAACACAGUGAAGGCGGCUGGCCUAAGCACCCAGAUUACCUGUUGCGACGCGGUUGGAUGGACGACUCAGAGCACCUAUACAACCAACUUGGUCAAUGCUGGUUCAACCCAGUAUCUCGGUAUAAUCACCUCCCAUUCGUACAGUGCAGAUGCUACUUCUCCACUCAGUCAAACAUCUCUACGUAAAUGGAACACAGAAGGCGGCCCCAGUACGGCGUUCGUAACGACAUGGUAUGGCAGCGGCGGGACCAACGAGGGUUUCACCUGGGCCAACAAACUUGCUGUUGCAAUGGUCAACGCCCAACUCUCAGCUUACCUGUUCUGGGAAGGCUUCGAGAUUCAGCAAUCCCAGUCAGGUAGCCACUUGAUCGAUGCACUAGAUAGGCAGACGGCUACCCCGUCGGGCAUCUUCUGGGCUUUUGCUAUGUGGUCGAGAUACAUUCGUCCAGGAGCUUUCAGAGUAGCAGCCUCAGGAUCCAUUUCCAACGUUAUUAUCGGCGCCUUCCAGAACCUUGAUGGCUCCGUAGUUGUUGUAUUCACAAACAGUGGAUCAUCUACGCAGUCAGCAAGAGUGGCAUUUACUGGCUUUUCUCCAAGCUCCGCCGCUGCAUACGUCACGGAUAACAGCCACACUUUUGCAUCUACAUCCUCGGGGCUUUCUAGUGGAGCUAUUACAGUGUCUGUACCCAGCAAGGGAGUUGUCACAGUGAAGUUGACUUGA